AUGGCGGACAGCAGGCAUCAAGGUAACAGCUCGUCCCUUGAACGGCUGGAGAAGUCAAAGUUCGCGGUGGCAGCGAAGGUGACCUUUGGCACAGGCAGACCCUGUGGCCGCAGUUGGCUGUCUGCAGGCAGGCGAUGUGUUGGCUCAGGCCAGUCAAAUCCAACCUUUUAUCUUCAGAAGGGUGGGCAGACUUAUGUGCUCAGGAAGAAGCCCCAUGGCCCCCUUUUACCUAGAGCUCACAAGGUCGAUAGAGAAUAUCGUGUGCAGAAAGCCUUAUUUUCAGCUGGAUUUCCAGUGCCUGAGCCCCUGUUGUAUUGCAGUGAUGCUUCUGUCAUUGGAACAGAAUUUUAUGUAAUGCAGCAUGUACAGGGUCGCAUCUUCCAAGACCUCUCACUGCCUGAAGUGGGCCCAGCAGAGCAUUCUGCUUUGUAUAUUGCAAUGAUAGAAACUUUGGCCCUGUUGCACUCCUUUGAUUUACAGUCAUUGGGUCUCCAAGGAUAUGGUAGAGGACUAGGAUACUGCAGAAGACAGGUAUCAACUUGGAAAAGACAGUAUGAUGCAGCUGCUCAUACAGAUAUUCCUGCCAUGAACAAGCUGGCUGGGUGGUUAGCAAACAACUUGCCACCUGAUGAUAAUGAAGAAAGCCUGAUUCAUGGGGACUUUAGAAUUGAUAAGAUCAUCUUCCACCCAACAGAGGCUCGUGUUUUGGCAGUGUUGGACUGGGAACUUUCAACUGCUGGUAAUCCUUUAGCAGAUUUAGCAUAUGCCACUAUAUUCUACUUUUGGCCUACAUCUGUUAAGGACUUAGGUCAAGGAACUGUCUUGGGUUUCAAAGACACCGUAAAAACUUCUUCAUUUGAACAACUGGUUUCCAUUUACUGCCGCUGCCGGGGUAUUAGCACUAGUUUAUCCAACUUUAAUUUUUUUCUUGCUUUGUCAUGUUUUAAAAUGGCAGCAAUAUCCCAGGGUGUAUAUGGUCGAUAUCUCAUUGGAAAUGCUUCUGCAGAGAAUAGUCAUGAAUUUGCUAAGAUUGUGAAGCCUUUGGCAGAGAGAGGGUUAGAGCUCUCAAAAAGGUCAUCUUUCAGCAGCACACAUCACAGCAUUUCUGGAGAGUUGUUCUAUCAAAGUAGGAAAGGCCAAGAAAUUCUGCUGAAAGUCAAGCAGUUCAUGAAGCAGCACAUAUAUCCAGCUGAGAAGGAAAUAAUAAAACACUAUGCUGGACAUGGAAAUACCGAGGAAAAAUGGAAGAAACCACCACUGCUUGAGAGACUGAAAGCAUCUGAUAUAUUGGGCAGAAAUGGCCAAGAAAUGGCCAAAGCAGAAGGUCUGUGGAACCUUUUUCUCCCAGAUGUCAGUGGUCUCAGCCAGCUUGACUAUGCGCUAAUAGCUGAGGAGACAGGGAAAUGCUUCUUUGCUCCUGAGGUUUUCAACUGUCAUGCACCAGACACUGGAAACAUGGAGGUGCUGCACAUGUAUGGGACUGAGGAGCAACAGAAAGAGUAGCUGGAGCCUCUCCUAGAAGGGAAGAUUAGUUCUUGCUUCUGCAUGACAGAACCUGAUGUGGCUUCAAGUGAUGCCACCAAUAAAUGCAGCAUUGAGUGAGAUGGCGAGAAGUGGUGGAACAGUGGUAAGUACGGAAACCCUAAGUACGAGCAGCACAGUGUGAUCAUUGUUCCCAUGGACACUCCAGGGCUGAAGCUGAUAAGACCCCUCUCAGUGUUUGGCUAUCUGGAUGAGAUCCAUGGAGGACAUUUUGAGAUACACUUUAAUGAUGUGCGAGUACCUGUCUCCAAUAUAAUACUGGAGGCACAACCUAUUGCACUGUGCUGGGCCUUGGCUAGUAACUACCGAACGCUGCUUGGUAUUAUGCAGCACCCUCAGGGAGAAGAGAGGGAAAACAAACCGACAGGCGCUGUGGCUACUCCAACCCCCACGACAGGCACUGUGGCUACACCAACCCCGGCAACAAGCACUGCAGCUACUCCAACCCCGGUGACAGGUACUGCAGCUGAACCAGAGAACCAACCCGUGCCAGUAUCAGUCGCCCCUAUACACAAGAAGAAAUGCUGGAAGCGAAAGUCAGCUCGUUUAUGGAAGUUGGUAUGGAGCACACCAUCAUCAUAUGCCAACUCACUGGCAGUAAUGACUUGGAAGGAUGAAGAGGGACCAACGGUGGAUGAAUUGGCCGGCCAACUCCAGGAAUAUGAAGAAAGUCUCUCUUCCUCCCUUGUCUCGGCUGUGGAGAAACUGGUCCAGCAACUCAAAGAGGAUAGGUCCUACUCCCCACCUGUAUGGACCAGUAUCUCCGCUAUUAGGAAUCAGCAUUCUGCUCAAGAGAGAGGAUAUAGUGGAUACACACCAUGGAGCACCGUGUGGUUUAACCUGCGUGACCACAGAGAGGACAUGAGGAAGUGGGAUGGAAAACCUACCUCGACCCUAGAGGCACGGGUAGCCAUGACCAAAGUCAUUGUCCCUUGAGCUGUGCUUAAAGUGAUUGACACUGCAAUCCAAGUGUGUGGCAGAGCUGGAGUUUCCCAGGAUUUUCCUUUGGCUUCUAUGUUUGCUUGCAUACAGACCUUGUACCUGGCAGAUGGGCCUGAUGGAACAAUUGCAAGGUGGGAAGUGCUUGAUCAGUCAAAGAAGCUAACUGCAAAAAUCAAAUGUUGGCAUAAAGCCACCUCAAAUGGAUGGAAGAUUUAG